AUGAACUCACUUAUUAGAAGAGUAGAGAAGAUACAGAGAGAGACUGUCGAUGCCAAAGACAAGAACAAGGAGCUGUUAAAGGAGGGUGAUGUCGAUGCCUUCACUCUGCUCCGAAAGAAGAUAGGUCUAGAUAUCAAGGGUAUCAAAGAGUUGAUCAAGGAGAGAGAUGAAGCAGAGAUUAAUAUGCCAGGCUCAGUUAGAACUGUUGAGCUGUCACAUCACAUUCGUAAGGCAAUAAUGGAUAUUAAGGGAGAGGCACAAAAGUUGCAGAGAAUGUAUGAUAAAGCUCAGGACAAGUACACCAAGAAGAACAAGGAGAAUGCAGAGAAGCAGCAGAGACUCGAGUUGGACAAGGAGGUGUGCGAGCUGGUCUGGAACCACAUCAAGGAGUUGGAGUUGUUGAACAAGAAGCGUGGAGGUGAUCGCAAUGCCUUCAUCCCAAUCGACCCAUCCGCUGCCACCAUCAAAGAGUUGCCAGACAUUGACAAUGAUGACUUUAGAGAGCUUAGGAGAAAUGAUCAAGAGAUUGAUCGCAACUUGGAGAUCAUUCAAACACAUCUUGUGGAGACCCACAAUAUUGCUCAGAACAUGGGUUCUGCUGCCAAGAGACAGGGCAAGAUGCUCGAUGACCUCAAUGAUAGAGCAGAUGUCCUGGAUGAGAAGCUUGAGAACAUCAACGUUAGACUAGGCCAAAUGAUCAAAGAUGUCCGUAAGGCAGACAGAUUCAUUCUAGAUGUCAUCCUUCUUUGUGUACUCCUGGGCAUUGGUGGAUUGAUCUAUUCAUUCGUUAAAUAA